AAUAAUUUCAUAAAUAUCUCUUACUAGAUUCAUAAUAAUACUCAUUAACCAAUAUUUAUUGGCUGUCUUACUCCACUUUUCAAUAUUAACCCUUAACAAUCCCACACGACCAAUCCAAAUAAUAUGAUCUGCUAAUAAAAAGAGAGCAUUAGCAAUUUUUGAUAAAGUUAAAGUAACCCUUAUAACUAUGUCUGGAUAUUUCAUCAUUUUCAAGGCAGAGUAUAAGCUAUCCAAACAUCUUCCAAGGCGCAAUACUACAAAAAAGAUAUCAAAUGUUGAAAACUUAUCUCCGCAAAUUAUUAGGCGUGUAGCUAAGGAAAUGAGUGAAUUAGCUUCACAACCACCCGAAGGUAUUCGUGUUAUUUUAAACGAAGAAGAUGUUACUGAUAUUCAAGCUAUCUUAGAAGGACCCUCGGGCACACCAUAUGCUGGUGGUUUCUUUAGAGUAAAAUUAGCUCUUGGUAAGGACUUUCCUCAAGGACCACCAAAGGCAUUUUUUCUCACAAAAAUUUUUCAUCCAAAUGUUGCAAAAAAUGGUGAAAUAUGUGUCAAUACUUUAAAAAAGGAUUGGAAAUCAGAUCUCGGAAUUAAACACAUAUUACUAACUGUAAAGUGUCUCUUAAUAGUGCCAAAUGCAGAAUCUGCUUUAAACGAAGAAGCUGGUAAAUUACUUUUAGAAAGGUACGAUGAUUAUUCAGAGCGAGCAAAAAUGAUGACAGAAAUACAUGCGCAGGGAGGUGGAAAAGGUAACAAAGCAGCUUUAGAAAGUUGUACUUCCUCUGAAGUCGGAGGACCUCUCCCAAAAAAGCAUGCAGGAGAUAAAAAACUAUCAGCAGAAAAGAAAAAACUGUUAAAAGACAAGAAGAGAACACUCAAAAGAUUAUAAAAAAAAUCCAUAUAAUUUAUCUAUCUUUUAUAAUUUAAAAUACUGGUGUGGUAAUGUUGCCUCAUAUUGUACACAAUUAUUGCAUAGUAAAAAUUUAUUAUCUAAACUCGACUGAUCUUAUUAUUAAGUAUUUAGAAAUUAAUAAUUCUAGAAGCAUUACUAAAUGACUUCCUAAGAUGCAAACAAGUACAACUUUGUAGUGAUCUACUUUACAAUCAAGAGUGAAAAGUAAUUUAACCCACUCUAUGACAUCUAUUAGUAAAUAUUUUUACAUAUGUACAAAAUAAUACCUCGUGUGAUUAUUUAAAUAAAAAUAAAGAAUGUUCUCCAA